CUCAAAAAACAAUUCGGUUAAUCGGCGCGUUUAUGAAACUCCCAAACAAAACACCGAGUUAUAUUUUAAAAUAGGGAAUGCUGGUCCUCAUAAAUAAAGUGUCUCAGAUAAACAAGUUUUAAAAUUAUUUUGUUUUAUCAAUUACUUAAUUUGCUGAAACUUCCUGUGCCAUAACCUUCGAAACAUGGCUGACGACGAUUUCAGCAAACUUCUACAGCAGGCAGAACAACUAACAACGGAAAUCGAAGGCAAUGAAGAAUUACCAAGAGUAGAACGGUCCCUAGGACAAGUAUUAGAAGCGUCACAUGAGUUGUAUUCCAGAGUAAUUCAAUCUGGAGCAAAUGAUAUACAGGCACACCUUUUGUUUGGAUCUAAAGGUAUAGAUUUACAACAAAUAUCACAGAAAUUGGAGACUUUAUCUUCAAAAAGAACUUUUGAACCUUUGCAACCUAUAGCAGAUUCGGAUAUUGAAAGUUUUUUAAAAAAUGAAAGAGAAAAUGCUAUAUUGUCACUUAUUGAUGAAGUUAACAAAAAUUCACUACAAACUACUGAAGAUCAAAAAUGGGAACAUAUGUUAUCAGAAUGGACCAAAGAAAAAAUAAAGCUAAUGAAUGCUAUGAUAGGACCAUCUCAGAACUGGCUUGAUUUGAAGCGCACUCCAGAACCUCCCAGUAUUGCGGAUACACCAAAGAAAUUUGGUCAAUCCAUGCUAGAUAACAUUGAGGCUGCUUAUGCAAGACAAGUACAGCAAUAUAAUAAAUUAGUGUUUCAAGGUGCAAAAUCUAGAACUGCUUUACAUCAAAAAUUCUCACAGGUUGCGGAAGAGUUCAAUGAUCCUAAAGUGAAAGAAAUGUGGGAGAUAAUAAAGACAAUGGCUAAUAUACCUGCCCUUGUCAGAGAUGAAGAUCCUCUUAAAGCUAGAGGAAAUACGACAAUUCAACAGUGCCUUAUAUCUCAAGGGAAGAAGUAUUUGGAGAAAAGAUAUAAGCAGUAUAUGAGUGAUGUAGUACGUGCUAACCCCGCAGCAGCCAUGCGAGGGGGCGAACCCGGCACUUUUCCACUUGUACGAGGAUUUGUUGGUCUUCGAUUACAAGGGCAGAACACACAAGGCCUAACAGAUGGUGUGAUUGAGGACCGUCCCCUAUGGCCAAUGGUUUAUUAUUGUCUAAGAAGUGGCGAUGCUACUGCUGCCUUACAUUGUUUGAGAAAAGCUGGUCGAGAUCAUGAAGAAUUUAUUGCUGCCUUGGAAGAACACAUCAAAGGACCUGAAAAAGCACUGAGUGAUAAACUACAGACUGCAAUAAAUUUCCAAUACAGAAUUCAAGUUCGUAAUUCUACAGACCCAUACAAAAGAGCUGUUUAUUGUGUGAUUGGAUGUUGUGACGUAAGUGACGAACAUUCGGAAGUAGCACGGACCGCUGAUGAUUAUCUCUGGCUUAAAUUGUCUGUUAUAAAGUCACGUUCCAACAAUGAAUCUGAAUCAUUUUCAUACUCAGAUUUACAAAAAAUGAUAUUAGAAGAUUAUGGUGAAACUCAUUAUCACGCAUAUGAAAAGCCUCUGGUGUACUUCCAAGUUCUGACUCUGACUGGUCAGUUUGAACCUGCAAUAGAAUUUCUGUCGCGGAUACCAAGAUAUCAAGUUCAUGGGGUCCAUAUGGCACUAGCACUUCACGACGUCUACAUGCUGGGCACGCCACGUAAUGUCCAAGCACCUUUAUUAUCUGUGGACACGGAUGAUCCCAUUCCCCUCAGGCGGUUGAACUUAGCAAGACUAAUACUACUAUAUGUGAGGAAAUUCGAAUUGUCCGACCCGUCGGAUGCUUUGCAUUAUUACUUCUUUUUAAGAAAUCUUAAAGACCCCAGUGGAAAGAAUUUGUUCAUGUGUUGCUGCACCGAUCUAGCGCUAGAGAGUCGCGACUACGAUUUAUUAUUCGGUGUGAUGGAUAACAUGACUGGUAUGCGAAGCUCAGGUUUACUGGACCAGUUCAAUAAUCCUCAUAUAGAUAGUAAGGUUAUCGCAUUGAACUUAGCCGAGCAGCUUGUGAACAAAGGUCUCUUCGAAGAUGCUAUCAUGGUCUAUGACAUCGCCGGGAAUUUAGAAAAAGUCCUGGAACUAUUCUGCGUGCUGCUGGCGCAAGUGGUGAACAGCGGCAGCGACGCGGGCGGGCUGCGCGCGCGGCUGGCGGCGCUGGCCGAGCGCGUGUCGCGCCGCCUGCGCGCGCCCGACGUGGCGCCGCCGCCCGCCGCGCUGCUCGAGGCCUACACCAAGCUCUGCAAGCUCAUGACCUUCUUCGAUCAGUUCCACAGCGAGAACUACGAGGGGGCCCUCGAGACGGUGCGGUCGUGCGAGCUGGUGCCGCUGAGUGCGAGUGAGGUGGAGGCGCGCGUGUGCGGCGCGCGCAGUGCUCGCGGCGAGCUUCUGCGCGCGCUGCCCGCGCUGUUGCGGGCGCUGUGCCACAUCCUCAUCGCGCAGCGGCAGAAGCUGCGCGCCGCGCAGUCCGCGCUGCCCGCACAAACCGCAAACAAGCAACUGGAGUGGUUGAGAGAACAAGCAGAAGUUCUCAAUACAUUUGCUGGCAACAUAGCUUACAGAAUGCCUGGAGACACUUACAGCCAACUAGCUCAGAUGCAGAUUCUCAUGCAUUGAUGUUCCUCUUACUGUAAUAGUGAUUUAACUUUAUAAAUUAAAAAUAAAAUAAUAUGAACCCUU